AUGUUUGUGGAUUUUAGCUCAGCCUUCAACACUAUCAUCCUAGCUAUCCUACAGAGUAAACUGCUCCAGCUCAAUGUACCUGACUCCACCUGUAGGUGGAUCACUGACUUCCUGACUGACAGGAGUCAGCAUUUGAGGAUGGGUAAGCACACCUCAGACUCCCGGACCAUCAGCAUUGGCUCUCCGCAGGGCUGUGUCCUUUCUCCUCUGCUCUUCUCCUUGUACACAAACACCUGCACAUCGAGCCAUCAGAACGUCAAGCUCCUGAAGCUCGCGGAUGACACCACCCUCAUUGGCCUCAUCUCUGAUGAGGAUGAAUCAGCGUACAGAUGGAAGAUUGACCGCCUGGUGACCUGGUGUAGACUCAACAACUUACAGCUCAAUGCCCUAAAAACAGUGGAGAUGACAGUGGACUUCAGGACUAGCCCACCCCCAUCCGUGCCCAUCACCCUGGGACCUUGCCAUCCAAACCCCUGCCACAACAAAGGAACAUGUGAUAUCAGUGAGACCUUCAGGGGCGACACCUUCAUAGGCUACGUCUGCAAGUGUCCACCAGGGUUCUAUGGAGUUCACUGCCAACACAAUAUUAACGAAUAUAAAAGGGAUCCAUGUAAGAACGGGGGAAUUUGCACAGACCUGGUUGCCAACUAUUCCUGUGAAUUCCCGGGAGAAUACAUAGGAAGAAACUGUCAAUACAAAUGCUCUGGACCACUGGGCAUGGAGGGUGGGAUAAUCUCCAACCAACAGAUAACAGCCUCUUCCACCCACCGCGCUCUCUUUGGCUUGCAGCAGUGGUACCCGUACUUUGCACGCCUCAACAAGAAGGGACUGGUCAAUGCCUGGACCGCUGCAGAAAAUGACAGAUGGCCGUGGAUCCAGAUAAAUCUGCAGAGGAGAAUGAGAGUUACCGGCCUAAUUACCCAAGGUGCAAAGCGUAUCGGCAGCCGAGAGUACAUAAAGUCUUACAAAGUAGCCCACAGUGAUGAUGGGAAGACCUGGACAACAUACAAAGUCAAGUGCAAAGAUGAGGACAUGAUUUUCAGAGGCAAUGUGGAUAACAACACUCCAUCAGCCAACUCCUUCACCCCGCCUAUUGAAGCACAGUACGUGCGCAUUUACCCACAAGUCUGCAGGAGGCACUGCACCUUACGCAUGGAGCUACUGGGUUGCGAGCUAACAGGUUGUUCUGAGCCCCUGGGGAUGAAGUCAGGUCACAUCCAGGACUACCAGGUCACUGCCUCCAGUAUCUUCAGGACACUCAACAUGGACAUGUUCACCUGGGAACCUGGGAAGGCCCGCUUGGACAAACAAGGCAAGGUCAAUGCUUGGACAGCAGGACACAGUGACCAAUCACAGUGGCUACAGGUGGACCUGCUUGUGCCAACCAAGGUCACGGGUGUCAUCACCCAGGGAGCUAAAGACUUUGGCCACGUCCAGUUUGUUGGCUCGUACAAAAUUGCCUAUAGUAACGACGGCAAGUGGUGGACUAUAUAUCAGGAUGAGAAACAAGGCAAAGAUAAAGUAUUUCAGGGAAACUUUGACAACGAAACACACAGAAAGAAUGUGAUAAACCCGCCCAUUCAUGCCCGGCUGAUCCGGAUUCUUCCCUGGUCAUGGUACGUUAGGAUCACCAUGCGUGCAGAAAUCCUCGGAUGCACAGAGGAGGAGUGAAAGUCCCUUUCCCUCCAUAUUACGUGCUAUUA